AUGCCACGAGCCUCCAAAAUCGUUAAAGUUGGGCAGUCCACUUCGUUGAACGGGCCCCUGCAAAAUAACGACGAAGCAAUUUUGCAGGCUGUGCAUCUCAAUUGUAAGUCUUCCGCGUACGUGAAGAAGCGAAACCUCCAGGAGGCCAAAGUCACGCUCGACCAGGACAACAUUUGUCUGCGCAAGAAACUUGACUUGAUCAAGUACCAGAGUGACAAGAAAAUCAUUAGACUGGAAAAUCAGCUGCACCGUGUGAGCAUAAUGCAAAUGGAGGCGGACACCAUACGCAAAAAAUACAAAUCCAUCAGCUCCAGUUUAAGGAUGGAUGCUUCAUUUUACGCAUCGUACCUCGAUAAGCUGGAUAAGAACAUUAGUAAUCAAGUAAUCGAGAUCAAACGACUCCAGAAAAUAAAAGAAGAGGCUAUCGAAGUAAGGGAUGCCACGAAAGAAGCUUUAAUAGAGCAGGAAAUUGAAGCAAUGCGCGCAUCAAGGGAACGAGAAAUUUUAAUUCAAGAGUACAGAAAAUGCGUAGAAGAUCGAAAAAUGGAUUUGGAACGACUAGAGCGAUCGAUAUUCCCGACAAAGUCGUUUGGUCGAGAUGAUUUGAACGCAGAUCAGAAAUCUCAGAUUGAAGAGGAUGUCUUGCAGAAUGAAAUGGAUCUCUUGGAAGAAGUGUUUAUAAAAUUGCGUAAUGCAACUGGAGUGUCAAAAACCGAGGACGUGCUUAAUCGUUUCCUAAUGCAACAAGCAACGCAAGAAAAAUUAAAAAGGCUACAAAGAACAACGGAGAAGAAGAAAGUCGAACUUGAAAAGACAAGGCAGCAGAUGACCGCCGAGAUCGAGAUGCAGAAAUUUUCCGAGACCAAAGAUACCGAUCAAAAUACAGAAAAACUUGAAAAACUGAGUAAACAAAUGCAUGAGCAAUCCCUUCGUCAAGAAAUGGCUGCAGAGAAACUGAAGUUGUUUGAGAAUUUACUAAAAGAAGUCAAACAGAAACUUCUGACAUUUUGUGAUAAAUUUGAAAUACGGAGGGAAAUAGUUAUAUUGGAAGCAGCAGAGACAUCAAAUAUACAUUGUCCAAUGGAAGCUUUACACAAACUAAAUGAGAUUAUUAAUAAAUUUAUCGAAAAAAUUGGGGACCCAAUGAAAUUCAAGAAACUUUCGGACGAAAUUUUAAACAAUAACGAUGAAGCCGUAUUUACGGAAAGUGGUAACAUGAUAAAUGAUGAUGAUCAGCGCUUAUUCCCCCAUUUCUCGAUCGUCGCAACUCCGGCCGCUCAACCUCAAGCUUCCGAAGACGAAGAGGACGUUCCAUCGAGAAGCUCGCUUAAAAAACAGGCUCAGCUGCUGGUCGACACUAAAAGUCGGCGAAAAGGUUUCCCGAUGAAAAGAUGA